AAAACGCGGAAGUGACAGGCGGAAGCAGCCUCGACAGAAGCGGUCUGGUCUGUCAAGACAGGAAAAAAAUCGCAGAAUCUGACACAAAGCGUCUGAUCCCAACACAUAGCUCCAUCCAAUCUUUCCCCCUUCUCCUCGACACCGGUGGUCCGCGGCAAUGAUCCUGUUAGAAAUCAAUAACCGCAUUAUAGAGGAGACGCUGACGUUGAAGUUCGACGGCGCAUCCAACGGAACCAAACCAGAGGCCGUCGAUGUGACGUUUGCAGAUUUCGAUGGCGUCUUGUAUCACAUCUCCAACCCCAAUGGGGACAAGACCAAAGUCAUGGUCAGCAUCUCCCUGAAGUUCUACAAGGAACUGCAGGAGCAUGGAGCUGACGAACUACUCAAGAGGGUCUAUGGGAAUUUCCUGGUCUCAACAGAGUCUGGCUACAACGUGUCCCUCCUCUACGACCUGGACGCGCUGCCAGCCAACAAAGACGAGGUCAUCCACCAGGCGGGGAUGCUCAAGAGGAACUGCUUCGCCUCUGUGUUUGAGAAGUACUUCAAGUUCCAGGAAGAGGGACGAGAGGGCGAGUCGAGGGCCGUGGUCCACUACAGAGACGACGAGUCCAUGUACGUGGAGGCCAAGAAGGACCGAGUCACGGUUGUGUUCAGCACAGUGUUCAAAGACGAUGACGAUGUCAUCAUCGGCAAAGUCUUCAUGCAGGAAUUCAAAGAGGGUCGGCGAGCCAGCCACACAGCCCCCCAGGUGCUGUUCAGCCACCGGGAGCCGCCGUUGGAGCUGAAAGACACGGACGCCGCCGUCGGGGACAACAUCGGAUACAUCACCUUCGUCCUGUUCCCACGUCACACCAACACCAAUGCCAGAGACAACACCAUCAACCUCAUCCACACCUUCAGGGACUACCUGCACUACCACAUAAAGUGCUCCAAGGCCUACAUCCACACACGCAUGAGGGCCAAGACGUCGGACUUCCUCAAGGUGCUGAACCGCGCUCGACCCGACGCCGAGAAGAAGGAGAUGAAGACCAUCUCUGGAAAGACCUUCUCCCGCUGAGGCCGACCCCCCCAUCAGAAAAAUCCAAACCCCGGUGGACACACCCCAACGCGCCACACUGAGACUCAACGCCACAACGGACAGGACUCCAGGAUGCCUCUAAAUGUCCCUGCCCAGCCCCACCCUCCCCAAAUGUGUCCGGUCUUCAUUUUUAUUUUAAUGAAUAAUAAUGUUGGCUCUACUUAGAGAAAGCCAAGGCUCAAGAUAAAUGGAAACACGGGCAUUCCUUGCUAUGCUUAGUUAAAGAGAAUUAUUAGUCCUAUAUAAAUAUAUAUAUGAAAAGAGAAAAAAAAAGGACAUUUUUGAUACAAUAUCUUUUACUCCAUUUGGUACUCUUGCUUGCCCCUUGACCCCCUCACCACAAGGAUCUCAGUCCUCCCCUCCUCCCUCCCUGUGCUGUCAUGUCGUCUGUACCAUUGUCAUUUGAAAAAAGUAAAAUAAAUCACUCUUACAAAAAAGUA